AUGCGGACCGGCCCGGCGCUGCGCUGCGCUGUGCUGCGCUCGGGGAUCUCGGGCGCGUCGCGCCCGCGCGCGCUCCCUCCCCCCGGCUCCGCGCGCGCGGCUGCAGGCGCGGGGGAAGGGCCAGUGCGGAAGGGGGUGAUCCCGCCUGCGCUCGCCCUGCUGGGAGCGCGGCCGCCCCCACCGCCGCAGUCGCGAUUGGCUCCCGAGAAAGUGCAUGUGGCGGCCGUGCUGCAGCGCCGCGCCCGCGCCCUGCGCUCCACUGAGAUGACGUGGGACAGCAGCGUGGACCUGGGCCUGCGGACACCUCUCAGCAUUCAGGGCCCGCUCGGCCCUCUGAAGGGCAGCUCCGCCGCUCAGGCCAACCCCAGCCGCCUCUCUGGACUGGCUGGCCGGGAGCCCCUGCAGCAGUCGCAGCCGGAUCUCCGCACCUGCUCCCACACGGAGAAGAGGACAGAGGGUCAGCUGCAGCAGAAUGAUCCAGAAGAUCUCACCAAGAAACACUCGAACUGGGCGCACCAGGCCUGGGCUCUGUGGCGCCGUCAAGGCACAGAGAUGCCCCAGCACUCGGCGGGGGACCAGCCCUUGGUGUCGGUGGCCCAGCUCACCCCCGCCAGCCCCCGGCUGGACAUGGACAGCGUGGCAGGGCGGGCCCGGAAGGCGUCCCCUGGCUGGCCCCCGGGGCGGACAGGCCUGGGGUGCGUGUCUCCAGGGGGCUUCCUGUGCCUCCUGUGUGCCGCCUCCUUCCUGCAGGGCCUGACGGUCAACGGGCUUGUCAACAGCGUGGUCACCUCGCUGGAGCGGCGCUUCCGGCUGCCCGGCGCCCUCAGUGGCCUGAUCGCCAGCGCCUAUGACGCGGCCGCCUGCCUCUGCCUCGCCUUCGUCGGCUACUUCGGGGGCCGCGGGCACCGGCCCCGCUGGCUGGGCUGCGGGCUGCUGGUCCUGGGCACCGGCUCGCUGCUCUUCGCACUGCCCCACUUCACGUCCAGCCCCUAUGAGGCGGCCGGGGACGGCGUGGCCACGUGCCCAGCCAACCAGACGCAGUGCCCGGGCGGCACCCCCGGCCCUCUGGGCCCCCAGAUACUCUUCGUGCUGGGCCAGCUGCUGCACGGGGUGGGGGCCGCGCCCCUCUACACGCUGGGCGUCACCUACCUGGACGAGAACGUCAAGCCCAGCCAGGCGCCGGUGUACAUGGCUGCCGUCUACAGCGCAGCCAUCCUUGGCCCCGCCGCGGGCUACCUGAUCGGGGGCGCCCUGCUGAAGGUGUACACAGAGCUGGGUCGCGGGACGACGCUGACCCCCGAGAGCCCGCUCUGGGUGGGGGCGUGGUGGGUUGGCUUCCUGGGCGCGGGCGCCGCUGCCUUCCUCAUCGCCAUCCCCAUCCUCGGGUUCCCGCAGCACAUGCCAGGCUCCGAGAGCAACAUAGGCACGAACAUGUCAGAGACCCAAGGGCUGAGAGACGCCCCUGAGGCCACCAGCAGCUCUGACGUCGGCAAGACCCUCAGAGACCUGCCCCUUUCCGCGUGGCUCGUCCUGAGGAACCCCCCGUUCCUGCUGCUGUGUGUGGCGGGCGCCGCGGAGACCAUGCUCAUCGCGGGCAUGUCCACCUUCGGGCCCAAGUUCCUGGAGUCCCAGUUCAGUCUGAGCGCCUCGGAGGCGGCCACCCUGUUCGGGUAUCUGGUGGUGCCGGCCGGCGGCGGCGGCACCUUCCUGGGCGGCUUCCUGGCCAGCAGGUCCACGCUGCGGGGCGCCGGCCUGGCCAGGCUCUGCCUGCUCUGCUCGCUGACCAGCCUGCCGGCCGCGCUCGCCUUCCUGCUGCACUGCCCCGACGCGCCCGUCGCGGGGGUGACGGUCACCUACGGCGGCAGCCCCCUGCCCGAGGGCCGCCUGGAGCUCAACGCGUCCUGCAACUCCGCCUGCGACUGCCGGGCCGCGCGCUACAGCCCCGUGUGCGCGCCCCGCGGCCUCACCUUCGUCUCGCCCUGCCACGCGGGCUGCCCGGGGCCCGCCGCGCCCGGCGCCGGGGGCCGGCAGGAGUACCAAGGCUGCGGCUGCGCGGCCGGCCCGACCACCGCGGGCAGGUGCGCCGCCCCCUGCCCCGCCAAGGCCCUGCUCCUGCUCGCCCUGUUCGCCCUGAUCUUCUUCACGUUCGCCGGCAGCGUCCCCGCGCUCACGGCCACCCUGCGGUGCGUCCGUGAGCAGCAGAGAUCCUUCGCGCUGGGCAUCCAGUGGGUCGUGGUCAGGAGCCUAGGGGGCGUCCCGGGGCCCAUCGCCUUCGGCUGGGUCAUCGACAGGGCCUGCCUGCUCUGGCGGCCGGGCUGUGGCGGGCGCAGCUCCUGCCUGCUCUACCGGAACGCGGCCCUGAGCCGCUACAUGCUGGCCACCGGGCUGGCCUACAAGGUCCUGGGCUUCACCCUCUUCGCCACCGCCUGUUUCCUGUACAAGGCCCCGCCGGGUCCCCCCUGCGGCCGGGAGCCUGCCCAGCCCGGCCAGUCACCAGCUUCUGACGGCCCCUUGGACACGCACACCCAGAGCCCUGUCUGA